AUGACAGAGGUAAAGACAGCUGGGCUCAUCUUCAUCUGCUUUUCACUGCUUUAUGGUUCUGUUGCAGCACUGAACUGCACCAGCCCAACUCCUGAAUCCCUCUUUGAUGCCCUCGAGAAGGAAUUAUUUCCGAAAAAACUACUGAGACCUGUGAAAGGGUUUUCAGACACACUUAAUAUAUCCAUUCAUAUCACUGUGGUGGGAAUUUUAGGAGUGGAUGAAAAAGCCCAAUCCUUGACAACAUUCAUAUGGCAAAUCCUGGAGUGGGAUAUAGAGGGACUGAGCUGGGAUGAGAAGGAAUGUGGAACUACAAGAGUCUCUGUCCCUCGAGAAAAGCUUUGGGUCCCAGACGUCCACAUCUCCGAGUUCAUGGACGAGGACAAAUCGCCCAAAACUCCCUAUGUCUACUUAUACAACACAGGUCGUGUGUUUGAUGAUAAACCAGUCAGAGUGGUCAGCUCCUGUCGAUUAGAAAUCUACACUUUCCCCUUCGAUAUCCAAAACUGCUCCCUGACCUUUGGACCACAUCUUCACAGAGCUGAAGACAUAAGGAUGUUUCAUGGCAGCACAGCUGAACUAAUUCUGGCAGAGUCCAGAGAAGUGUUGAUGACCAAAGGGGAGUGGGAGCUUGCAGAUAUCGAAUCAGCUCAGAAUUCCCUGGAGAUAACUGAAGGAAGCUACUCUGAGAUCAAAUUCUUUAUCAUUCUGAGACGUAGGCCAGUCCUCUAUGUGGUGAACCUCCUGAUCCCCAGCUGCUUCCUUAUCACACUGGACCUCUUCAGCUUCCUGCUGCCUCCCCAGUGUGUGGACCGAUCCGCCUUCAAGAUGACCCUCAUCCUGGGCUACACUGUCUUCUUGCUCCUCAUGAAUGAACUGCUGCCUGUCACUGGAAACACAACACCUCUCAUAAAUGUUUUAUUCUCAGUUAGUCUCGCUCUGAUGGUGGCCAGCCUGUUGGAGACAGUGUUUAUCACUAAUAUCCAGUUCAGCUCCAGCCAGUAUAGUGCGGUUCCUCACUGGCUCAGCGUCCUUGUGUUACGAUAUCUAGCUGUUGUCGUUUUUCUCCCUCCAAAACAGAAGAGCAACCGCAUCACAGUGUCCCUUCGCCCACCUGCAAGAGAGCCAGCAAUUAAUCCUGGCAUCAUCUCUUCAAGAGAUCUUCAGAUCAUCUCUGGUGAUACACCACCAGAGAAAACCCCUCCAGAGCCAGACCAAGCCCUGGAUGAGCUGAGGAAGCUGAGCAGAGAUCUCACGGCCAUCCGCCUCGAGAUGGACAAACACUUCCAGGGAAGCAAAACCACACAGGAGUGGCAAAUGGUCGGGAUAGUCAUUGACCGCCUGCUGUUCGGCUUGUACAUUAUCUUCAUCUCAGUCAGCUUCAUCACAAUCGUAUCUAUCUGGAUCUGGAAUAACUCUUUUUUAGAUUGACUUGGCAAGCAUUAUUAUUAAUCACAAAUUAAUGAUAUCAUGUUGUUGUCACAUCUUAAUAGUUCUUGGUCAGGCUAACAGGCAAUACUUUUUGUCUUUGCUCUCAUCAUGCAUAAUUAGGGAAUGAGGACUGAGGAUUUGAAUCCCUCCCCCAUAAUUUACAUUGGUUGAUUGCUUUGUUCUGCGACAAGUGGUGACCAGGCCUUGAGGUCUUACAAGACACUGGACAGCAAAAGGGAUGGCCACAAAUCGUAAUCUAUAGUUCACAGUAGAAAGAAAAAAAGAAAAAGCAGUGUAACAUCCUAUCAAAUUACAUAAAAAGCUAUAACUGUUCUAUUCUUAACUACACUACAUCAGCUAAUGUAGUUGUAUUAUUAUAAUGCAGAACUAUUGUUAUUAUCUAUAAUAGUAGC